AAUGAGAAAAAAAUUAUUUAUACCAAAAAAUUCUUAUUGAUUAUUAAUUAUUAUUAAUAAAGGUGUUUCUGUUACUGGGUUUUUCAAAAAUCUUCGUUUUUCUCUCAUCCCUUCAGAAAAAUCAGAUUUUUGGUUCACGGUGAAUUUGAAUGAUUUGUGAAAAUGGGCCUAAAUUUAGAGUUGAAGAGCCAUUCGGAGAAUGUUAAUGCCCUUGCAUUUUCCAGACAAAGGGUUCUUGUGCCAGUUAAAGUCAACAUGGGUGACGAUGCUUUUGGCGUGGAAACGGUGCCGAUCAAACAAAUUCCUUCAUCUGGUGGAGAUGAGGAUGUGGAAGUUGAUAUCAUUGGGUGUUCAAAUUUGGGGAAACCUUUUCUGAUGGAAGAUUCUUGUGAGGAUUCCCCCGAGUGUUCCAGCUCUUUUGGUGAUUCAGGAUCUGGUGCUGAGAAUGCCUCAUCCUUUAGCGAUACUGAAGUUGAAUCACGAAAGUGUGCUGACGAUCCAUCCUCAUCAAAGUGUGAUGACUGGUUUGAAUCAUGUCAAGGAAGAAAGAAAAGGAUGACAAAAAGUUUGACAAGUCAUUGGAGGAGGUUCAUACACCCUAUGUCAUGGCGCUGUAAGUGGAUUGAAUUGCAGAUGAAGCAACUUCAGUCUCAAGCACGUAAAUAUGAGAAAGAACUUGCAGCAUACAAUCACUCAAAGCAACUUGAUUUGGCACACUUUACAUUAGAAGACUCUAAUAUCAAAUCCAUCCCUAUAUCUGAUCGGAUGCAUAGAAAUAAAGUUAUGAAGAGGAACAAAAGAAAAAGAGUUGAAGAGCAGUGCGAUAUAGAAUCUUACAUGUCUAACCAUAGUUUAUUCUCCUAUUAUGAGAAAACAGAUUGUACUGCUGAUACAUGUUUGAAAGAUGUUUGUGAUGUUGGUAUAGGAGGUGUCAAUGAUAGUAACCAGGAAUUCAAGCUGAAUGAUGAGUGGUCUUCUGAAGAGUAUGGAAAUGUUGAUAAAUCCUUGGAUGACAUCAUUCAGAAGAUUGAAGCUAUACAGUCAGAAGUUCAGCAAUUAAAAACUAGAACCGACAAGGUGAUAAGUGAAAGUUGUGGAAAGUUUUGUUCUAUAACUCAAUUUAGCAUGCGUGGCCGAUCUGAUGGAUUUAAUCAUUUUGAUUCUACUUUCACCAGUAAUGAAAACACAUUACCAUUUAGUUUUCCUCAUUCCUCAUCUCAGCUUGAAUCUGAGUUUCACAUGGGAGAUCUACUUAUGCCUGGAAAUGCAUCAGCUAGUCGUGAAGUGAUGAUUCCCUGUAUUGUAACCACUGAUGGGCCUGAGCUUGAUGAUCCAUUGAAAGAUACCAAAGAUGAAGUUCUUAUACAUAAUCAAGUAGCUAAGGAAGAGUGGCAUGAUUUUAUUGACUAUGAUGGAACCAAGGAUUCCAUUGAAGAAGGUAAAUUCAGUUUUGAUGUUCAAGUUUCAGAACCUGACCCCCAUGAGAAUGGUAUGCAUAAUGAGCAUUCUACUUGGAUGUCAUGUUCUACAUUCAAGUAAAAUGUCCCCAGGAAAAAAAGGAAGAUAUCUGCCUCAAAGAGGUUAAGCUGAAUCCUAUUGGAAUGGUUAUUCAACAAGUCGAAGGAAUUGAGAAUUUCUCCAACAAGUUGCAGUAUGCUUGUGUCGUACUUCGUAAAUUCUGGUUAUUUGUUUUAUACUUUUUUUCAUAGAGGCAUUAUAUCAAUUGCACAUGAUGUGAAUAUGGUAGCAUAUUCUAUUUUUUAGGGGAAGUUUUUAUUUUUAUUUAUUGGUUGGAACUAUUACGUCAGUAAACGAUUGAAACUAUAUCUUAUAUUCUAAAAAAGUCAAGGCAUUUCAAAUUGUUUGUUCAGAGACAAAAUCAAGGAAAAACCUUCUGAAUUCUUUCCAUAUUGGACCUCGACGUAUUGUUGUUCCAAAUCGAAUUUCUUUAUAAACAAUAUAUGUUCUUUUGACAUAUUUGUAAAAGGAUGAUUUUUCUCCUUCAUUGGCUAUUAAUUUCUUUUGUAUCUUAGAAA